ACAGUAGACAACCUCGGGGUUGGGUUGUGGGGAAAGAUCCUACCCUUGUCAUCCUCUUCACACCAGUACACUGGGCAGUGGGAGAGGCAGCGUGACCUCAGAGGUGUCUGCUCGGAUUCAGAGGAAAGCUCAGGGAGAACCAGGGCUAUGAUGGAGCUGCCCCUGGUGCUGCUGGUGCUGACUGGGAGCUGCCUGGUCAAGGGCCUAGAGCUAGUGCCCUACACGCCGCAGAUCACAGGCAGCUCCCUGGAAGGGAAGCUCACAGCUUCCACCUUCAGCCUGGACCAGCCCAUCUGCAUCUUCGAUCAGUAUGUGAACGCCACUGAUGACAUCUGGCUAGUUGUUGCCUUCGCUAAUGCAACCUCCAGUGUAAAAAACCCGACAUCUCGCAAUGACAUCCCACCCUACCAGCGGCUCUCGACUGCUCUCCAUUACAUGACCCUGAGGACUAGCAUCACCUUCUUCCCAUGUCCUAGGAGCAGCAACACAAGUGUGCUCCGAGUGGGUAGUGAUGCUUUCUGCAGGAAUGACAACAGCCGGCAGCACUGCAAUGGACCCCUGCCCAACCCUGGGCCCUACAGAGUGAAGUUUCUCAUCCUGGAUUCCAAUGGUGCCAAGGCAGAGACAAAAUGGUCUGAAAGAAUCACUCUGAAGCAAGGCCACAGGUCAAGCACCAUUGACACCUGGCCAGGGAGGCGCAGCGGCACCAUGAUUGUCAUCACCGUCAUCCUUUCCAGCUUAGUCGGCAUCCUGACCAUCGCAUUCCUCUGCACAAGUGCCUAUGAGUGCUUUAAGCUCUGGCAGCGAGAGGAUCCUGCCAUGGCAGAGGAGCCGCCUGCCGGGUCCUUCAAGGGGCGGCGCUAUGACACCCACCACAUCCCUCCAUCUCAGGCCCCACCUCAGCCCCCCAGCGAUGUGCCAGGGUCCCCAGCUGCCUCCUCUUAGCCACAGCUUCCCUUGCUCCACGGUCCCCAGUUCACUGAUGUGCACUCAGGCUCUACAUAUGGCUUCAACUUCCCUGCUGGCCCCUGACCCCAGCACCCCCACCCUGCUCCCCACUACACAGCCCCCAUUCCUGCACCCAGCCCAGCACUGUAUUCACACGCCCUGGGCUGCCAGGCCUCAAUGGCACCAGGAAGGGAGGGGACCCCGCGCAGGCCCUCAGCUCGAGUCCCUGCCUUCCUGCUGUCGCUUCUACUGCCCUGCCUGGUUGCGGCUCUUGCAAACACACCACAGUCCUGGCCCCUGUCAAUCAAAGGUCAGGCUCUGCUAACUCCCCAUGCUGCUCCCCAGUGCUGAGCUCAGGGUUUGGUGCCCACCAGCUCCUCUCCACAGUUUGUGGCUCUCAGGAUCCAUUUGGUUCCUGGACCUAUUGAUGGGGCCAGAAUAACAACAGGAGCCUGUGGACGGGGGUUGCUGAGGUGCGGAUGCUGUCAGGUGUCCCUGGCCAGGAUCCUGUGCCAGUGAGGCAGAUGCUGUAAGCAGCCACAGUGUCGCUGACAGGGUGAGGCCACAAGGGGACAGCACAGCACAAGGAUGCGGGGAGGCAGGAGGCGAUAGCACGGGCAGCUGGAUCCCCUUUCUGCAGAGCCUGCAGGUAAGCAGAGGAAGCAGCCCCGGGUGCUCCAGAGAAGGAGCCUCCCCUUGCCCAGGGCACAUCCCUGGGUGCUGUGCUAGCCUGGCAGGUCCGCCUUGUCCUGUUGAUUCUCUUGUCCAGGGGUGGUAACACUGUAACAAGAGCAAAGACCCUAGGCACAGAAAGGCCAGCAGCAAACCAAGCCCAGCCCAGUCCAGCCCAGCCUGAUCUUCCCUCUGCUAAAACCCCAGCGCUGUAUCCACAGUGUGGGGAACAGGCAAGGGCUUGCUGCUCUCAGUGGCUUUUCUCUCCACCCCAGCAGAGCAGAAGCUGCUCCAGGAGACAGGCAUGGGCCUGGGCCUGACUCCUGGAUCCAAACAGCUCUCUGAAGUUUGAGGGAGUCCAGACCUGGAUUCUGCCAGUGGCAUCUGUUCCUGGCUGUUUGACCCACAAUGACCCAACGAUGAUCCAGGUUGUGACCUUAUCAUUCCCCUCCCCACAAUGGCUUGCUCUUUACUCUUUACUCCCAAGCCCACAGGGUAGAACAGCAGGCUGUCCAUAAUGACUCCACCUGCGGUCGAGAUGAAACCAAGGAGAUUGGCUGGAGGCAUGGGAGGUUCCCCUGCUCCAAAAAAGGCCCUUUCCAAAGCUCUGCCUGGUUGUCUGACAUGUGACAGUCCUUCAGGGGAGCCCAGAACGGGCCCAACCAGCACAGCCAACACCAACAGGUGACUGGGGAAGAAAGCAAGCAACUUUCCCCCUCCACAGCCUAUCCCCAGGGCUUCUAAGUCCAAGACAGUUAUCUAGGUGAGAUCUGAGCCAUCUAGCCAGGCCAAAGUCUGGGAGCAAAGCCAAAGUCUCAGUUUAAUGGCUACUGACAUUGGUUUGUCUUACCAAUGCUCUCAACUCAGUAGCCCAGCCAGGCUGUAACAGAGCUGUCCUACCUACCAGGAGAUGAAUCAGCCCAGCAGGGGUGCAGAUUGGGGAACUCUAGGCCUCAUGUAAAGGACCAGAUACCAGUUUCCCUCCCUGGCCCCAGUAGGAAGUCAUCCUCAGGGACCAUCCAGUGGGCCAGGACUGUGAGAGGCUCAGCUUCCUGUACGUAUUGCUGGGGGAAGGGGUCAGUCUUUAUACAAAUGAUCUGUCCCCUGAGAAGUAAACUGUAGUAUGGAUUUUUAAAGUGC